AUGGCUGCUGACAGACUGAACGCGCUUGCCUCUCACCUGAGGCCAUCAGCGCCAGCUGAUUGCGAGUGUACGACCAAAAGACAUCCCACACUCAACACCUCCCUGCAGGGAGUCACCUCUGUCCGCCAGGGAGUCCGCAUAGACCAGUUCAGAGACAUCAAGUACGGCGACAUCCCAGCCAGGUUCCGGGAAGCAAAGCUGCACGAACACACCGCAGCCGAGGUCGACUGUACCAAGUUUGGACCGGUGUGCCCUCAGAGCUACACGUCGGCCGCGAUACUGCUCCGGAUCCCAGAAGAACUGGACGAUGCCCUUGAGCCGAAGGAUGAGUUUGAGUGUCUCAACCUGGUGGUCACUGCGCCUGCGGGCCUCACGCAAGGGCAGCGCGUGCCCGUCUUUGUGUGGAUACAUGGUGGCUCCCAGGUGAUGACCUUUGGCAGCAUGGCAGGCAGGGUCUGUGAUCCGCACCGCAUGGUGGCUGAUUCCGUGAAAUUGGGGAAGCCAAUCAUCGUUGUCGCUCUCAACUACCGGCUCAACAUAUUUGGGUUCGGCAACGGAGAUACGACGAACUUGGCGCUCAAGGACCAGGCCCUCGCAGUGGAAUGGGUUCGAAAGCAUAUUGCAGGCUUCGGCGGUGACCCUGAAAACAUCACCAUGGCAGGCGAGAGUGCCGGGGCUGUCUACACUCAUGCCCACGCCGUCGUGGGAACUCCCGUCAAACGGGUGAUCCUCCAGUCAGGAUCCCUCUUUCUCUCCCCGCCAAUGUCGAUGAAAGCCCGCGAUGCCAUGCUCAAUAAGAUAUCCGAAAAGCUUCGGGCGGCGAAGGGCGGGCAUUCGCUGCAAGACGCGCCUGCCGAGUCCCUCCUCCAUCAGAUGCAGGAAAUGGGCAUAUCUUCAAUGUCGCUCCAAGCCGCCGACGGACUGGACAAUUGGCAAAAGAAGAGAGAAACCCCUCAAGCUCUCAUGGUUGGCGACUGCGAGUUCGAUGCGGCGAUUUGGCGAAACGGGAUCGAGGCGACCAGCGGCACCGAGAUAUCAAAUUGCUUCGACAGGAUCACAGCACCAGCUGAGAUCAAGAGCGCCUACGGCAUAUAUCCGGCCCGACCGACAUCGUGCAAGUAUGGUGCUCUCGACUUCAUCAACGACCGCUGCUUCGCGAUGCCAGCGCAGGAUAUCUGGGCUCGGUGGCGAAAGGACGGGCGGGCCGCCUAUCAGUACAUCAUCGAUCAGCCGAACCCGUGGCAGCCCUCGAGCCGGUCGCACCAUGCCGUAGAUCUCGUCUUGUUGUUCGGAGGAUACGACCUGUCUUUCGACCUGGGCUCGGAAGCAGUCGGCGCCGAGAUGAGGCGCAGAUGGAUCUUGUUCAUCAACGGAGAAGAACCAUGGGCACCAGACAGGAGGAUGGCGUUUGGCCCUGUUGGCCGCAGUGAAGAGAUCGACGACCGGGAAUAUGGCAUGCGAAGACGGACAAGGCAUUUCGAGUUGCUGCGAAAGGCGAACCAGAAAGAAGUGGUCUCUGCCUUUGCCCGGCUGGCAAUGGGUAAAUUGAGCUCUGAGAAUUAA